AUGCAGGUGUUAGGGGAUGUGGUGCGAGAGGUCGCGGUAGAGUUGGUACAGUUGCCCGUAGUGGCAGAGCAGGAGGCCAGCAGACUGAGGUCGGGAUCGUGGACUUUCGGCGGAUUCGGGAGAGAGUGCAGCGCCGAGUGUGGCGACUGCGUCGGUGACCCAUGCAGAUUCUUUGGCGGCUGUUGGUUACACAGGCUCCAGUGGCAAAGAGCAGCAGAAGUUGAGCAGCCAAGGGCUGCGGUUGUGGGUGUUCUGCUCUAUCUAGAGAUGAUAGGGCAGAUACAGAGGAUAGCUACACCGCUCUUUGAGGGUGGAGUAUGGCCGGAGGAGGCCGAAAUGUGGAGGUUACCAACGCAUGUGUUGUGUAAGGACGGUUUUGAGUCCUACGUGUUGUUUGACUCUGAAGAAUCGAAUUACUUCAUUACUACGGAGCGGGCCGAGAGUAGCUGCAUCCAGAGCAGCGCUGGUGAGCGUUUGGGUAUGGUCAAGGUGGCUGGAGGUGGAUUCCGGACUACUUCAGGCCGUGUUAUAGGAGUGGAUAUUCAGAUUGCGGGGUAG